AUGAACCUGUGCUCUGCUACAGCCUCCGAUAGCACAGGCACCAGCUUUGUGGCCCGUCGUCAGAGUCUUCUCCGGCCAAUGCGGGUUAAGAUUCAUGGCGAAGUCUUCCAGUUGCUGUGUGAUGGCCUCCUAGAGGACGAUAUCACUUAUUGCACUUUGCGCUCUCGGGCAUGGGUUUAUCAAGAAUGGUACCUUUCCAAGCGCUCACUUGUCAUGGGCUCACAUCAGCUUUGGUGGCAUUGUAGAGAAAAACUGGCAUGCGAGAUAUGGCCGAUGGGAACACCGCAAGCCAGCAGGGGAAGAUGGUGGAGUCAAACUCAGCCCCUCAAGGAGUCAGCACCAUCUGGAAAUUCAGACGAUAUGGAUGCUUGGAGUCACCGUGUCCGAGCAUAUAUGAGAACUAAACUGACGAGAGAAACUGACCGUUUGGUUGCAUUCUCAGGUGUCGUGCAAUCUUUCGGGCAGACACGCCAGCUAACUGAAGGCUAUCUUGCCGGCCUCUGGCGAUGUCAUCUCCCAGCAGCACUGUUGUGGAAAGUUAGUUCUCCAGCACGGAGAUCAGCUAUAUACACGGCAGCGUCUUGGAGCUGGGCUUCUCUUGCUGGAGACUGUCUGGUCAGUACAGAUAAGGACUUGGUUCAUGAACCUUGCUUUGUAGCUGUCAAGCAGAUAAUGCCUCUUGGUGUGCCAGGGCCAGACGGAUUCCUGAUGGGCGGAGCAGUCACGCUCAGCGGCUAUUUGUUUGAGGUUGUCUAUCGAUCUGUGGGACUGUUUCUGGGCACAGGAGAUUUCAUGUCUCCUGGAGACCCAACGACAGGUGGUGAGCUCUACCUUGACGAAAGGUCAGACGAUGAUCAAUUCAUCUCACAUUUAGAAAAACCAGAUCUCAAAAAUUUCAGUCACUGGCUGGAACAUAAGGCCGUGCGACUAGCAAUGCCACUCAAGGACCCUACUGAUCAGUUGGGUUCUUUCUAUCGUAUCGGAUACAUGAAUUGGGGGAAGCUUCCAGGAGUUGUCAAUACUGAAGAACUCAUGGCAAAUUGUGCCAAGAGCACGGUGAGGAUCUUGUAA